UACGUUUGACAGAGACAUGACCUAAAAAAUGGAUGAAAAAUGAUGAUCAGGUGUAGUUUAUCUAUUAUUUGCAUUUUGCUCUCACUAUCAGUGAUCAGGAUUGACGCGAAUGAAGUUUUAACAACCGAAGCGUCAACUGAUUCUUCUUCUCCAACAUCGAGCAUAUUUGACUGGAUACCUUUUAAACUUUUCGGUUCGGAGAAAACGACCCCGAUUCUUCGAAUAAAAGUUCGCGCUGUCAAUCGUGUAAUCUACACCAAAAAAGACAAUCUUCUUCAAGAAAUAGAAAAUGCAAGUGAAUAUAAAAAAGAGCAAGAAAAACAAUUCGAGCAAAUACCUGAUGUUUCGACAGAAGUCAAAGAAGUCAGUAUAAAUGAGCCGGAUAAAAUGUACGAACGAGGUGAAGAGCCAAAGAUUUUCUUGUUUCCGAAACAGGGAAAUACUGUCCCGAAAAUUGAAGGCGAGUUUGAAAAAGUUGAUAUAAUUGGAGAAGUAAGCGAGGAUAAAGUGAAAACACCAAAAGAUGACGAUUUUCAAAUAAUGUAUGAUGAUGAGUUGAAAGAGUAUGUUUUGAAAAGAAGACCUUUAAAAAUGGAUAAAAAUGGAAUUAUCGAUUCUUGGAAUGGAGGUGAUACGAAAGAAAUAAUGGAUGAUAGUGAUGAUGAAGUAAAGCGAAUUUUGGAAAGUGGCGAAGAAGGAUUAGUUGGAAAAAAUAAUAGAACUUUGAAGACCCAACAGAGAAAUCAUACGGAGGUUACUUUAGAAGAAGAAGAAAUAAAUUUGGAAGACCUCCAAUUCAAAUCUUAUCAAUUUAAACCAGGGAAAAGUAAGAUUCGAACUUACGAUCUUGCUUGGAUGGAUCCAAGUUUUCUUGAAAAAGAGGAGUUUUCUGUUCGUCUCACAUCUCAACAAAGAUCAGAUUGGAGAGAUAAACUAACUAAUUUGACAAUGCUUGAAGAACGACGAGCAAAUGAGCAUCGAGAUUACGGUAGUAGCUACAUUCUUCCAGUACUUAAAAGUGUGGAUUAUGACAAUACAAGUGUUCCAUUGGCGUUUAAUGACAUUCCUGUAAAUGUGGCGGUUGCUUUCAACUUUUUGUAUUUAGCAAAUUUUGAUAGCGAAAUGAUGGAAUUCUCAAUGGACGUGGAGAUGGAAUUUUCGUGGAUUGAUAUUAGGUUAGUGAACAACUAUACCAAACCAAUUAGAAUUCGCGAAAAGCCAAUUAUCGAACAAAUCUGGCGACCCGAUCCUUAUAUCGUCAACUCGAAGCAUUCAUAUUUUCACUACGUCUCGUUCCCGAAUAUACGAAUGAGAAUAACACCAGAAGGACUGGUGACGUAUACAGUUCGAGUCUCCUCAGUUUGUUCAUGUUUUAUGUCAUUCUGUCUCUACCCUCAUGACAGACAAGAGUGUGAUUUGAGAAUUAGUUCUAUUGCCUAUUCAAAUCAAUAUGUGAAAUUUCACUGGCACUCGAAUCCCAUCAAGUUCCAAUCAAAAAUUACUCUACCAGAAUUGCACAUCACAAAAAUUAAGACAGCUGAAUGUUCAACAAAAGGAAAACUAGUAGAUGCAUCAUGCCUCCGAAUAAUAUUCUCACUCGAACGGGACAGUGCAAGAUUUGUAAUUGAGAAAUACGUUCCAUCGACACUUGCAAUGAUGUUCGCAUGGGUGGCCCCAUAUGUUCCAUACAACUAUGAAGAUGUCCGAAUUAUUACUCCUAUCACAGUCCUUCUAACCCUCGUACAAAUGGAAAAAGGUGACAAAGAAAUUCGUACAUCUUACCUCACCUCAAUCGAUGUUUGGUUUGCUGCAAUGAAGUCAUUCACAGUUCUUUCUCUACUCGAAUCUCUUGCAGUUUUAGCUCUCAUCAAAAGAAGUCGAGCAAUGACAAAAAAUGCAGAAAGAGCAGCCAACGAGUUUGAAAGAUGUACAUUUGAAGCCGAAGCAUAUCGAUUAAAUCGUCUUUACCAUCGUGUCGACUCAAUUUGUCGUUUUUCAUCACCGGUUGUUUUUGUUGCAUUUUUUGUUUAUUAUGUGUUGUUUGUUGCUCAAGGAAAUGAGAAUUGUGUUCAGAUAUAAAAAAGAAUAAAUAUAACAUAAAAAUCUG